AUGCAACAACUCCUUCCUUACAUUUCUCAUCUUCAUUUAUCCAACCUUACUUUACCAGGUACACAUGAUGCUGGAUCCUUCACUCUUACAUCAGCUCUGUCACCUGAUCCUACUGGAAAUGCAGUGCUAGAUGCUCUUGUAAAACUGGCAGAAAAAUUAGGAGUACCCUUACAGGAUGUGAUUACACCAUGGGCAUUGACACAAAGUAGAAGUUUAUAUGGGCAAGCAGAGGAUGGUAUGCGCUAUUUUGAUAUUCGUGCUGCCUAUAAUGGUACUGAUUGGUGUUCGUAUCAUUUCGAACUCGGUCUACCUAUUUACACUCAUCUCAGUGCAUUGAAUUCGUUCUUGUUGUCACAUCCAAGUGAAAUUAUAGUGAUUGAGAUAUCACAUCUCGCCAGUGCGAACCUAACACAGAAAAACUUGGACUCAUUGAGAGAUAUGGUCAUCAACAUAUUCGAUCCAAUGCUAUAUCCACGUAUUAAUGACUUCAAUGCUACUACCAUUAGUGGUAUGAUAGCAACAAAUCAACGAGUGGUAGCCACAUUAAGUGACGAUGCCACUAUAUCGAACUACACUCAGCUGUGGUAUGGUUCCAGUAUGAUCAACUCAUAUGCCAACACGGAUUCGCUCGCUAAUAUGACUUCAUAUAAUUGGCAGCAAGUCCUCAUGUUCAAUUCUCUUCCUUCAUUACCCGCCUCUGCUCUGUACAAGCUAAGCUGGACAUUGACUCCGCAAGUAUCGACUAUCUUUGACUCGCUGUUACCCCAUAAACCAAAGUCAUUGAUGAAUCUGGCUGACAUUGGUAAUAGUGGAUUGAGUGGAUUUGCAAGUGCCGCGUUAAAGAAAGGAUGGAGAUUGUGCCAGACACCAGCAGAUAAGAAAGGUUUCAAAUUAAAAUAUCCCACAUAUAUGGAGAAGGUUGAGGAGAUACAGUUAUAA